AUGAUCCUUAACCUGGGACUCCUGCUGUUGGCGCUGCUUCUGUGGUGCGCGGCGCGCGAGGGAGCCCUCCUGCCCGGCCUCCUGCCGCUGCAGCCUGGACGGGCGCGGGCGGCGGGCGGUGGCUUGCGGGGCCCGGGGGGAUGGCGGCCCACUUCCCGUGACGGCGUUGGCGGCCGGGACACGGGGUGUGUUGUCUCCUCGCCCCCCCGGCGCCCAUCGUCCUCUCGGGGCCCGAUCUUACUGGGGCUGCCGCCUGGAGGACGUCCAUUUCCGUCAGGGAGGGCGUCCGGCGCUGGCGAACUCGCUUGUGGGGGGCUGCAGCGCCUGCGGGUGCUCAACCUCACACGCAACCACAUCGCGGCGCUCAUGGACACGAACUUCCGCGGUGCCGACGACCUGCGGGCGCUCGACCUGAGCCGCAACCGCAUCGCGUCGGUGCCGUCGGCCGUGUUCCGCCACGUGCGCCGCCUGAGGGGCCCCCGCUGGCUUUAUUAUGUGUGCCCGAGCUGGCCGGAACAGUUCUCCGACGUGCCCGAGCUGCGGCAGUUGGCGUGCGCGGGCUGCGGCCUACUCCUAUGCAGUUCGUUUCCUGCAGGCGCUGGUCAGGUGCAGGGUUGGCCGCGCCCAAACCUUUUUGGGACGCAGGUGCCGCCGGGCAUCGCUACCACCUUCCUGCCGGAGCUGAUGACGCUGCUUCUGGACGCCAACCUCGUGUCAUUCGUGGAGCGCGGCGUGAUCGGGGGCUCCGCCCUGCAGACGCUGCAGCUGGCGCACAACCGCAUCAGCCGCGUCGAGGUCGGCGCCUUCGCCAACAGCUCGCUCAAGACCCUGGACCUCUCCUAUAACCGCCUCACGCACCUGGACACGCGCGCCAUCUCCGAGGUGCUGCUCCACCUGCACGAGCUCCACCUCUCGGGGAACUCGCUCCACAUUGAGCAGCUGCUGGUGGUGCUGCCGGAGGCCGAUCAGCUGCGGCGCCUCAGCCUCGGCGACAUGGGACUCACGAGGUUGCCGGCUGAGCUGCUGCAGCACCUGCGCUACCUCCACCACCUCAACUUUCUCCAACUACCUGACCAAAUUCCCCACCGGCAUCCUGCGCAGCGCCCCCGCAGCUGCAGACACUCGACCUCUCCAGCAACAGCCUUCAGGAGAUCGACGACGACGCAGUCGCAGUGAUCAACCAGGUGAAGGCGCUGCGGAAGCUGCGGUUGGAGGGAAACCCUUGGCAGUGCGACCAGUGCCACGUGGGCCCCCUGCUCCGCUCUUUCGGG